UCAAAAGAGAAAUUUCCUUUUCUUAAGGCACAUCACGCCACAUUUCCUCUUUCUCAAGAACAAUAGAAGGACUCGGUCGGAGCGCAACCUCAGUCGCCUUCCCAACACUGAGAGCAAGUUUCAGAAAGAAUUUGGUGAUGUAACUGCGCAUUUCCGAUGUAUAAAUCAUUUCGCUGAUCAGCCUCAUUGCGUGCUGUCAAGAAACUUGAAUUUCAAGGUUGCCGUUGCUUGGAGGUAAACUAACAUGUCUGACAGAGAUCGCUCGAGUGCUAACCCAGGGAGGACCGAACUCGAACAAGUGCACACCAAACGAGUUGAGAUUAAAGAUGUUACAGUCACCGUUAAAGUCAGAAAUGAAAUCCACGCGCAUACAAAUCAUUACAUUAAGCAGAGCAAACCUUACUUCCCGAACGAGAAGUUGCGCACCUACAUCGAUUGUCCUUACUUUUUAAGAAUCGCGCGAUGGCUGUGUGGUGCCAGCCUCUUUGGAGCCCUUGUUGCUGCUGGUGCAUCAAAGGCUAUUCCUGCGUUCUUUCUCGUUUCCUGCCUGCUGUUCUUCUUGUUUUAUUGCCAACACGAGUGGGUGAAUCAGAAAACUCUGCCUAUUGUUCACAAACAGCCCUUCCUCAAUAGCCAGGCAGGCCGUAACAAGUUCUACGAGGUAACUGUCACUGAACUUGACGGAAUUGCUCUCCAGAAUUACCAAGCUGGGAUUGGUUUUGUUAAACUUUCACAGGGUAAGAUCAAAUUUCAAGCAUUUAACGAAACCGCGAUGAAACGCAUGUUUGAAGCUAGAUGUCAGUCUCGGUUGAUGCUUCUCCUUUUCUUGGCGGCCUCUGUCUACAACUGCUAUUUUGUGGCAGCCUAUUGACUGACCGAGCCGACGCAAGACAGAUGUUAUGUUAUGCAGAUGACAGUAAAACUGUAGCUUAGUCUAGCUUACUUGAAGCAAUCUGAUUUGUAGAUAUAAAUAAUCACAGAAAUAAAGCAACAGAUUUCCACCGA